AGGACGUUGGGUCUGUGGUGUCGUAACGCUCCAAAACCGACUGUCAGACCGCGCCUGGAUCAGCCACUCGAGCUCAGAUCCCGAAAUCUCACCCACCUGUUAGCCUGCUGAGGCGGGCAGCCGGAUGCUUUUGCAUCAAGUGCCUACCGCUUCUGGUGCAAACAGCUAUGGACAACUUGGUGUUGGUCAUAAAGAGGAUGUGCUGAUACCUCAGUCACUGAAAGAUGUUUCCUGCAAACGUGAAGACAUUAAGAGCGUUACUGGAGGAGGGGGACAUUCUGCAGUUAUCACUGGUGCUGGAGAACUCUUUGUGUGUGGCCAUAACAAAGAAGGUCAGCUGGGACUGAAUCACACAGAAGAUGUAGUGCAUUUCACUUUGUGCACUGCCCUGUCUGGUUUUCAUGUAAAAGAAGUUGCCUGUGGUUGGGAUUUCACAAUCAUAUUAGUAGGUACUGGCCUAGUUCUGUCCUGUGGGUCUAACGCUUUUGGACAAUUAGGAGUUCCUCAAAUUUCAGGUCCAUGCUUGACUCCACAAAAGAUUGAGCAGUCCCUCGAAGAGAAGGUGGUAGAUAUUGCUGCAGGACUGAGACAUGCCCUAGCUGCUACAGAGAGUGGCUUGGUGUUGCAGUGGGGCACUGGCAUGGCAUCUCGGGCAAAGCGUGCCAACCAAGGAAAAAUGCUCCCCCUGUUCCUGUCUGCAAAGGAACCCUGUGAAGUGACAGGCCUGGAAGAUGUAAAAGUUAAGAGAGUUACUGCAAGCUCCUAUCAUUCCGUGUCACUUACAGAUGAAGGACACCUCUACGUCUGGGGUAGCAACAAACACGGGCAGCUAGUAAGUGAAGAGAUUUUCCUUGUUGAGCCCAAGAAGAUAGAGACUCGGUUUUUCUCACAUGAAAAGAUCGGAGCAGUUUGGAGUGGUUGGACCCACUUGGUGGCACAAACAGAAACUGGGAAGGUGUUCACUUGGGGCAGAGCAGACUAUGGACAACUUGGAAGACCCACGGUGGUUCCCGACGGGCAGGAGGCGAGCACAGUGUCUGAACAAUGCUUGGAGCUGUUGUGUAAUGUCCCUAUUUCCGUGCCUUGCCUAAAUGGAGCAUCUCAGAUUGCAUGUGGCUCAGAGCAUAAUCUGGCAGUAGUUGGUGACUCUUGCUUCUCCUGGGGAUGGAACGAACACGGGAUGUGUGGUGAUGGCACAGAAGCAAACGUCCAGGUUCCGAAGCCAGUCAAAGCUCUCGGUUUUGCAAAACAGAUCUUAAUUGGAUGUGGGGCAGGACACUCCAUGGCUCUUUGUCAAACUUUGUUAGAAGCGGCACACCAGAAAUCAUAGCAUCAUGGAUGUGGAUGGACAUCUUUGUAUUGCAGAGCUCAACGUUGCUGCGGGAAGAUUGCCUGUGAUCAACACAGCAGCUGGAAAGUGCCGAAGUUUGUUCUGAAACUAAAAGGAACAAGUAUGCAUAUAGAAGAGUAUUAGAAAAAAUUGAACAAUUAUUUUUUUAAAUUAUUUCAUGGGUUCUUUACGUAGGUACUGACUUUCUUAUCUGCAGGUAGAGUGACAAACAUUUUGUCUUGAUGCAAUAUAAUUGAAGAAAGAAUGAAUUCCUGUUCUUUUGAGAAGUCUGUGAGGAGGAAGCUGACUGUCUAAUCACUUAUCAUUAGUGUAAAAAUCCAGCUGGAGGAAGCAGUGUGAGAAGGUGGAGACAUAAGGCCACUUCUGGCCUUUUAUUAUUUUAUCUGCAUGUUAUGAUGAGCAUAUGUUGCACCUGCCAGCUUCUGCUGGAGUUGUGAGAUCCCGGCAUCUUAGAAAAUCCAGUUUGCAUCACAGAGAAGUGCCAGUGAACAUAAGUAGAUGUGUACACACAUUUUAAACAGAAGAUCAGAAUUUAAAAAAAAAAAAAAAAAAGAAAAAGAUAAUCUAGAAAGUAGCCUGGCAAAAGGAGAAAAUGAGGCCCUUCUGAAACAAGCUGUAGUUGAUUAAACUGUGAAAGGAGCAGUGUUUCUGAGGAAUUAUCGUCUGUGCCAGACAUCAAUUUAUUAUAGGUUUGCAGGGAUGCAGAUCCACAUGAAUUAUUAUUGAAUUGCAAACCAAACCUAAAGUUUCUGAAGCUACUGCUUAGGGAAGAAAAUCUUCUAAGAGCUCUUGGAAACAACAGGAGAGUUCUUGUCGAAGAGCAUAAGUCAGUUGUAGCUGUUGAGGACAGUUUGAUCCAAGAUAGCUCAUAUGUUUCUAGCUGCAUUUGAAUAGGAAGACUUCAAUCUAAAAACAAAGUUUUUACAAGUUCUCCAGCUUAUAAGAGCAAUGUCAGGUUGGUUCUCGCAUCUGCUUGGCAGCCCAGCUGAGUUACUAGUCAGAGCAUGCCCACAGGAGUAGUUCCAGGUGAGCGUUUGGCGGAGAACGUAGGUCCAGCACUGGUUUUGGUGGGAGAAAUGGAGACGUGCAAAUUGCCUUCCGAUAUCAUUAACUGCCUUUGAAGCUAUUUAUAAAACCGUUUUUCAUACGUACGGUGGAUGCCAUUAAAGGGCUGUUAGAAAAUAGGACAGGAAAACUUUCUAAUAAUAUAACAGUCAACUCAUGAGGGGGAGGGAAUUAAGGUCAUAGUAUGAGCUGUGUGGUUUUCUCUCCUAGGUUUGCAGUAGUUGUAGUUCGUAGGUAAUUUUCAGAUGUGUUUUCUCUUUCUAUUCAAUGGAGAAGAAAUUCGUAGUAUGAAGCUGCUUAUAAAAGCAUUACAGAUACUGGAAGAAACUGUAAGGAUAGUAGAACGGGCCUUCUGCAAAAAGUGUGAAAUUGAGUCUUCUGUUGUUUUUUUAAUCUGUGUUGAUUGUGGUUCUUCAUGGUAAUAUACUGUUCCAGGCUACCUCUGACAUGUUUCACUUAUCUGACUAAGCUGCUGUUCACUGACUCCUCAAUACUAUUUUCUGCAUACAGCAUCCUUUCUGAUACAUGCGCUGACCACUUUCUCAUGCCUUUUUCUCAUUCCUUUUUUGCAAUUCUAUCUGAGGGUUCUACUUCUGUUUUCCUGAGAUCUGUGUGCUGAUAAAUAUUAUCUUGUUUCAGUAGUCAUACCCUCUGAAUGAUUUUGCUCCUUGAUUAAUGACAGCUAGUAUGUGACCCAUAGGACCUGGGGUUAUGGUGGUGAGCGUGCUUUGGUUGUGUAUGCUGUUGCUGCAGUUCCAUCCAGAGGAAUCCAGCAAAUUAUAUAGCAAAUAAAUGUGACUUCUUUAUUUGAAUUGUUGUUCACUUUUUCACAUCUGUAACAUAAACAUGCCUUUGGAAAUGUGAAGAAUGAUUUGGGGUUUUAAAGAAUGAGAGUCCUUUGGUUUGUUUCUGGUCCUGUUCUUGAGUUUCAUAUUGCCUGUAUUCUUUAUCAUUUGAAAGGGGGGGAACUGCUUUUUUUUUUUCCCCUUCUUUGUCUUGCCUAUAUAGAUUGAAAACAUUGGGAAGUAAUAACUUGUCUUGAGAGCUUGAAUUACUACAUGCUUUGCAGUUGGUCAGGACCUCUAGAUACUGCUAUAGUAUGAAGAGUGAAUAAUAAUUCAUUGUAGGUGGUACAUGGUUGAAUGUAAAAACAAAACCACCACCACAACAACAGCAAAAACCACACCGAGUUGUUGCUCAUUCACUCGGAAAUGAAUGCCCUGUUCUGUAUGUCAGUAUGCUUUGUUUACAGAAUAAAACGUUGUACAAAAUGAACUGAGGCUUUCUGCUCUAAGGAGGGGAGCACACAGUGAAAAGCUCUCAAUCAAGCGAAGAAACCCUCUGCAUUGCUGGCGUCCAGAGCUUAGUGAGUGUUGCUUGUAGGUGUCCUGAUGGAGAAGGUCAGUCUCUGCAAGGCAAAAUGCAGAGCCAGCAUGCUAUGCUAAUGCUUCUGCAGUGCAAAGACCGACUUUUUUAUGCGUGUCAUCGGUUCUGAACAAAGAAAGCCUUUUACGUAAGCAAGAUGCAUUCAGAAGCAAAUAAACUGACAAGGUUUGUAACGUAUAUGUAACAUAGAACAAGGUAAGCAAGUGUCUGUGCAGCCAUUUCUGCCUCCCCUUCGGUUUUCUGAAAACAGGCAAACCUGCCAGUGAGCCGACAUGCAUGGGGGACAGGAGGAGGGAAGGUGGAUUUACUAUGGAAGCUUUGCUGGAGAACAAGUUAGACUGUUAACCCUCAGACCACUGAUCUUUCAGGCUCUGGGGGAGAAGGAAGCAGUUGUAAAUACGUCUCUUGUUUGAAGUCAUAGGAGAUGCGCAGUUGUUACUCAUAGAACCACCAAGACGCUUGUGGGCCAUUUUAAAGAAUGCUGGGAGUAGGAAAGUGUUCUUUUCCAGAAGUUUCUCUUUCUUGAAGUGAGAGAGGGGGUUAAGAGAAUCGUAGUAGACAGGAUGCUGACUAAUGAAUACCUCGAUUAUUCUAUUAAAAAUAGAUGUUGCUUAAUGUCUUUCCUUACUACUGUGCAAAUAAAGUCUUAAAGGUCUUAAAACAAGAAGUCUUGGGGCCCCUCACAGAGGAUGGUUCCUGACAAAAAUAGGGAACCUGACUCAAGAACCGGCUGAGACCGACCCUGUGGUUUGGACAAGAGACAAGGAGCAGCUGAGUCUGCACAAAGGCAGGAGGUCAGCUAGUGAUGAUGAAGAAGAGUUAUCAGCCUUCAUCCCCACAACCCCGGUGACCACCACCAGGAGAUAUGGAAAUGACUUCUUGGAAGUAAUUUUAAUAUGAAGUGGGGAUAGGUCAUGCGUAUGUAUAGGCGCAUUGUGAAACUUCAUGCAUAUGUAACUCUUUACUGCAUAUAACCAAGGCAAGUUGCUGCGUUGGGGUGCACACGACUUCGGUGGGACUACCCCCCCGUGCUGCCCAGCGCUGAAUAAACAUACCUACUUUACAAUCUUACUGAUUGUGGAGUCCGUUUUCUGCACGUCAGAAGGAUUGGUUUAGGCCACGUGUAAGUCACUUAUGUUAUUUGACUUGGUGUAGUUCCAUGAUUGAGUUGUUGCUUUACUGCUUGGAAUUCUGGACCCUGCAUUUGAGUAGCUGAAGAAAUUGUGU